AUGGCGCGACGUCGUAAACGUUCCAUCUUCUCUUCUCUGGAAACGAUGGUCGGAAGGAAUAAGAAUUCGCAGAUUGGACAAUUAGCAUGCACCCUGUGCGAUCAUUACAUCAUGGGAAAUUCGAUUUACGUGACAUUGCUCGGCUUCAUUGGGACCGUGAUCACUGCGUUCGAUAUUGUUCGAAUAAUGAAUUGCAAAUCUACGAGUAGAUCUGUGUCUCAAACGAGAAGCAACGAAAGUGUCCCUUUUGAAGUGGAAAGGGACCUUAAACUGAUGACUUCGAUUCUAGGAAUCGAACAUUACACCUUUAUCAUGCUGGGUGCAAUUACAGAAUACCCUGUGUUGCACACGCCCUGGCUGUUGAUGCAACUAUGCGUUAUCAUCGUGGAAAUCAUCGUAUUCUGUGUGAAAGUGUUUAUAGACGGAUUGCAUAUGAAACGCGAUGAAAUAUUGCAGUCUAUUUUAACUGUGCACAAUUGGCUCCAAGUCUUUUGUUUAUUCUUUCGUCAAGCGCGACAUACUCGUUAA